AUGGAACGAGAACAAGACACCGGAAUCUCUGUUCUUGUUGUCGGUGGUGGCAUUGCGGGUUUGACCUUCGCCAUUGAGGCUCACCGGAAGGGACACAACGUCCACGUUAUCGAACGGCGACUCCGGGGAGAAACUGCAGGUGAGGUGAUCACAAUCACCAGCUCUGCCCUCCAGACCCCAAAGAAAUGGCCGGGGUUCAUGGAACGGGCACGGCAAGAGGACACUGCUCCAGUGGUCACCAUGAAAAAGUUCGACGGGAGCUUGAUCGGAACCUUCCCCGUCGGUAACCCAGACGACCCAUCUCUGGCCAUCUACCGAUCGAAGCUCCAUAACGUGCUCUAUGAGUAUGUCGAACAGCUCGGCAUCCCAAUCGAGUUUUCCGCGACAGCUUCCGAAUUCUUCGAAGCGGAUGACCAUGGUGGCGUGGCCCUGUCUGAUGGGCGCCGUCUCACGGCCGACGUAGUGGUAGCGGCGGAUGGAGUUGGCUCCAAAUCAUGGGUCUUGAUCACUGGCAACAAAGAGCCCCCUAUCAGCUCAGGAUUCGUGCUUUAUCGCGUCACGUUCCCCGUAGCACCGGCUCUCGAAAAUCCGGUCAUUGCGGCGGAGCUUGAAGGAUUCAAAGACCGGACAUUCCUACACGCAGGCCCGGGGGCGCAUAUCGUGACUUGCAAGUCUGGGGAAGAUAUUUGUUGGCUACUCACUCGCAGGGAGCAUGAUAGUAAUGCGGAAGAAGACUGGGAGAAAACAACAUCGAUUGACAAGGCUCUCAAGGCCGUCGAAGGCUGGGAGCCAUACGUGACCGAGCUGAUCAAGGCGACGCCCAACCACACCGUUCUUGACUGGAAACUUAUGUGGCGUAACCCUCAGCCACGAUGGGCGUCACCUCGCGGCCGCGUCGUUCAGAUCGGGGACGCCGCACAUCCAUUUCUACCGACCUCAGCGAGUGGCGGGACUAUGGCCAUGGAGGAUGCGUAUUCUCUGGCAGCGUGCUUGCGUAUUGCUGGGAAGAAGGACGUGUCUCUGGCAACCAAAGUACAUAACCACUUGAGGUUUGAGCGAGUCACCUGCGCACAGAAAAUGGGAUUCAAAAAUCGCGAGGUAUUCCACAACACCGACUGGGAUGCCGUGAUCAAGAACCCGAAGAUAAUGGGCAAAAUGGUUGGUGACUGGCUAUUACACCACGACCCCGAGCAGUACGCAUAUGAGAAUUACGACGCAUGUGCAGAGCACCUCGUCAAGGAUAUACCAUUCAAGAACACGAACUCGGUACCUGGAUACACGUACAAGCCAUGGACUGUCAAAGAACUCCUAGACGCUUCGGAAAGUGGCGGGUCCGUUGAAGAUGAAGGAGAUUGGUCCUGA